AUGGCGCUGGCAAGGGCGUUUCGCGUCCUGUACCGCAUCCUGGUGGACUACUGUUCCAACUGCUCGCUAGCCGGAGUCGGUUACAUUGCCGCCCGGAAGUACCACUGGACGGAGCGGCUCUUCUGGAUCGCUUGUGUCCUGCUCGCCUGGGCCGGUUCGUACUUGUUGAUCAAAACCUACAUGGAGUUGUUCCGCUCGGACGCGGUCAGCAUUGUGGUGGAAACGCUGAACACGCGCAAGGACAUCACGUCGUUUCCGUCGGUCGGCGUGUGCGAGAUGGGCUACACGAAGCAACAGUACGACGCCCUGCAGCAGGUGAUCGAGGGCCUUCGGACAGACGAGGAGAUGGAGUACAAUUACGACGUGGAGGAGUUUAUGCUGCGCCUGAUCUACCACAAUCUGUACAACUAUGGGUCGAUCAACUCGUACUGCGCGAUGUACGCGGAUUGUGACGACUGCGUCAAGUGUCCGGUGUCCGGAUAUGCGGGGUUUUCCGCCGCGGUCCGUGCGACCUGCGAGCAGCUGUUCGACCAGUGCAGCUGGAAUGGGAAAGUGUUUGACUGCUGUCAGUACUUUCGGCCGAUACAGACGACGAUGGGAUCGUGCUUUUUGCUGAAUUCGAUACAAACCGUUGAGAAAUACGGACCACGAUGGCUUCGAAUGGACCUGGCAAUGGCAUCAUCGAAGGGAGAACGUUUGCUUAACUUCAGCCGGGCCACUACGGCCUACGUACAAAAUGAGGAAGACAUUCCCCACAUGCUUCUGACGACACUUCAGUUCAAUCAAAUGGCCGAAGGAUACUCGGGAACAAUCUUCAUCACCCUGCAGAACAUCGUGAACGAUCCGCUGGUGCGCACGGUCCAGAAGAACAUCCGACGGUGCGUUUUCCCGGACGAGGAAACCGAUUUCGGGUACCGGAGGUACAGCUACAGCGUGUGCGUCACCGAGUGUCUGCGAACGGCUCAGAUAAAGUCGUGCAACUGCUGCCAUCACAAUAUGCUGCUCGGAAAGCAUGACAAAAGCCCCGUGUGCGGUUAUGAAGGACUCAACUGUCUCGAUCAACGCGAUCUGAUGUUUCCGCAGACGACGAUCAUGCAACCGUGGCGCACGAACGGGCUCGUGUGCGAUUGCUAUCCGUCCUGCACGGAGCACGAGAUCCGCAUCAUCGGCCGGGAGUUGGACAUGGAAAGCCGCAGCGGACGAUCGGUGCUGAUCAAGCUGAUGGCACUUCCGACGCAGCGCUACCGGCGGCAGAUCGUACGGGAGAACAUCGACGUGGUCGUCUCGAUCGGAGGCAUUUUGGGGCUUUUCACCGGCGCCAGCAUUCUCAGCCUGGUGGAGUUCAUUUACUUCUUUACGGUUCGCUUCGGUUCGUAUGUCGUUACGGAAAUCAAGGAAGAAGGAGACACGUCGGACGAUGAUUCGGAGGCAAAGGAAUGA